AUGCCUGAACUACAACAACCAGAUAAGCACUCGAUGGAUAUUCCUCACGUGGCGGCUAUUGAUCUUCCGCUAAAUGUCCAAAAUGUAACUAAAGCGGUUGAUAUGUUGGGUGGAGAAGAAUUAAUACGGGCAUCAAUAAGAGAAUCGCAUCCAUUGGAAUUGAGAUUAAGAAAAGAUCCAUUCCAUCAUCCAAUACAAGCCCUGAGUAAUAAUUCAGAAAGAAUACUAGUGAAGAUUAAAAUUCCCAAAAAAAGCUUGCCUAAAAAUAGUGAAUCACUUUCCAUUCAACAAUUACUUGAACUUAAUAGCCAAGAUAAACUGACACCUAGAGAACGGAUUCAACCUGUUGCAAUCAUAGACAAAACAUAUCUGUUUAAAGCAAUGGCAGACUUCCAAGUUUCCACAAGGAAUAAUUCCUUUGUACAGGAUUUCAACAGAGUGAUGAUUAAUCAUAACAGUAUAAAUGAUAUCAAAGAUUACAUUGAUGAGCAUCAUGGCUGGCAGGGGUAUGCCAAUCUAUCUAAAAAGUAUUUCCAAAAUAAUGAUCAUCAAUUGAUUCCACCACCAAUAUUAUCUUCGAUUAGAUUUCCGUUUGAUUACAAAUAUCAACAAAACCCUGGUACGUCGACAGUUAGAGAUAUCCAUGGUGAAGUAAAAGUGAUUUCAAAUCAGAAUCGUCAAAAAUUACACACAUUAUUAAUAGAUUAUAAUACCCCGACCCCGCAAGGACCGUUGGAGGAGAUUAAAAAAAAUUGGGACAAGUUGUCUAACGAAAAUUUAUCUGUUAACAGUACAGAUUUUUUACUACUCCAGUGUAUCAGGAAAUUACAAGCCCUCUUUGAAAUCAAACCUAUUUGGAAUAGAAAGCAACUAUACAGCAUACUUCCUGAAGAUAUGAAGAAAUUUUUAAAGCAUGCAUUACCAUAUGUGACUUAUACUUACAAAAGUGGUCCAUGGCGUUUUUGCAACAUUAAAUAUGGGCUCGACGUUGUACAUGACCCAUCUUAUUGGAGAUCUCAAACUGAAUAUUUUCGAGUUCUUGGGUUCAGAAAGGGAACAAGCACGGAUGAGUCAAAGAUGAUAGUUCCACCUUCUUUGCAAGGGUCUUCAGAAGUGGUUGAAAUACCAGAGAGUUUAUUGUUUAAUGGGGUUUCGUUACCUUCAGUGGCUACUUUCCAAAUAGGAGAUAUUAUGGAUGCAGAUAUAAUUAGUAUACUUGAAGACCACCAGAAUAGUAUGGAUGAGGAUUUUUUAAGAAAUGUAUGUGAUCCUCAAGAUGGUUGGAUCAAUCGACAAACAAUGGAGGUGAUAAGACGCGUGAUGAGGUACAAAUUGAAACAACUAGUAAAUGAAGAAAGCAUUGACCAAAGUAAAAUACAUAAGAUUAUCAAUACCAACUAUACUGAGGAUAAAGACGAUGAAGAAGAGGUUAAUGAUAUACAUGGGGACAGGAAUGGACCUGAUGAAUUAGACGAAGACGAGGACGAAGAGGAAGAAGAAGAAGAUAAUGCAUUAUAUUAA